ACCAGCAGAGGCGAACGCGAGGGAGAGAGUGCGCGGCGUCCGGCCUCAGCAUGCUGACCGCGUUCGCCCUGCCAACCCUGCCCGGGGUCCCAGGGCGGCUGCCCGCGGCCCCCGCGCGGCGCCAGGACUCCUCCAGUUCGUCAGGCUCCUACCACACGGCUCCGGGUUCUCCAGAGCCCCCGGACGUUGGGCCGGACGCGGAGGGCAGGACGAAUUGGCCCACGGUGGCCCCUGUGCUGGGGGAGGGCGCGCAGCCUCGCCUGUCCGUCAGUGCCCAGAAUAGCCGCCAGCAGCUCGGGCCCGGCUCGGGUUUCCCGCGAGGCCCGGCCUCGGGCCCGCGGCCACCCCAGCCCCAGCUGCGCAUGCUGCCGUCGGGGGAGAUGGAAGUCAUCUUCGGUGCCGGGCCCCUGUUCAGCCGUUCUGACGCAGAGGAUAGCGAGGUGCAACAGCUCACGACGCAGGCCUUCCGCAGCCUCUCUCCGCCCGGCUCCGCGUCUCCCAUCUCUGCCGAACCGCAGCCCCAGGGCCCCGACGGUGCCUCCCGCUGGGCCACCUACCUGCAGCUGCGACCCCGCGGGCCGAGUCCUGCCACCCCAGCGCAGUUCGAGUGUGUGGAGGUGGCGCUGGAGGAGCGUGCCGCGCCUGCCAGGCCCCGGACGGUGCCCAAACGUCAGAUCGAGCUGCGCUCCCGGCCCCGGAGUCCCCCGCGGGAGGCCAGCGCGCCGCCCCCGCGACUGUUCCUGCGCACCGGCUCCCUGGACGAGUCUCUGGGCCGCCUGCAGGCUGCCGCGGACCUCGUGCAGACGGCGCUGGCCAGAAAACUGAGCCCCGCGACCCCUGCCCCAAGCAGCGCCACCUUCGGACCCACGGUACCGCCAGAGCCUGCGGCCCCGGAAACGCCCCGCAGUACUCGAGUGGCUCUGAAGGAGGCCAGGUCUCGGCCACCUCGUGUGCAUUAUAGUUCAGCCCCCGCCAGGGCCCCACGACCGUGGCCUAGCCUCCGUGAGCGCGCAAUUCGGCGCGACAAGCCCGCGCCCGGGACCGAGCCUCUAGGUCCAGUUAGUUCCAGCAUCUUCCUGCAGUCUGGGGAGAAGAUCCAGGAGGCGCACCACCAGGAACCCAAGACUCGGUUCCCGCAAGAGACUCCGGAUCGAACCGCCCUGAGGGCACAGAGUCCGUCUUCCCAGUCUAGGGCCCCCCGGGAGGUUUCGAGUAAGGCCGUGAGACCGAGGAGCCCAUCCCCGCUGUGGCAAGCCCCAAAUGGGACCGUGCGGGGUCCUCGCUGCCCCUCGCCCCAGAACCUGUCCCCGUGGAAUAGGGCUAUCCGGAAGGUGAGUGGCCCGUCGCUCCCCGAGGCAUCCUCCGCAUGGGGAAAUCAGGAUGCUGCUGUCACGGAAACUGUCAGCAGAAAGAGCCCUUCCCCUCCGACCCUUUCCCAGUGGAAUCGGGGUGUUGCCAGUGCAAGAAGCCCAUCCCCCGAAGCUCCUUCCUCGUGGGAGGUUCCGCAUCCGGCAGGUGGGGAUACAGUUGAGGGGAGUAGGAGCCCGUCCCCGCCAAACUUGUCCUCAUGGGAGACUCCAGAUCGUCCUACUGGGACGUGGAGCCCAUCGCCCCAAGAGACGUGGGACUCCAUAGUGCAGAGCUCAGCGGUAGUUUCUACGCGGGGAGCUAUGAAUGGCGUAGACCAGGAGGAACUGGUGCCACCCACGCCAUCUGCACCCGGGACUCCAGAGCUAACAGAGGCGCAGAGUCCGUCCACGCGGGAGAUGCCGGAUCUUGCCUUCCCAGGCAGCCAGCUGUCGCCAGCGGUGGCUGCACCCCAGCUGCCCCUCAGUCGCCUCGUGGGUACCCUGGAUGCGCGCCCGGAAGCCUUGGGCUCUGGAGAAGCGGCCUCGGGACGCCCGCGCGUAGCCAUUCCGCGGCCUCGCGACGUGCGCAAGAUGGUGAAGACCACAUACGCGCCAAGCUUCCCGGCAAGCACCCCAGGCUCAGGGCUCCCUGCGCCUCCUGCGGAACCCCGCGGGGAGGAAGGCGGCGCAUCCAAGACACAAGAGCUUCAGGCGUUGGGGGCCCCCGCCCCAGCUCACUACACUUCCGUUUUUCUCAAGGACUUUCUGCCGGUCGUGUCACACCCCUACGAGACCCCAGAACCAACCACAGACACAGUUCCCCGGGACGUUACGCAGCCCAACGGGGUCCUGCGGCGGAGGGCAGAGAACAGCACGGCGAAACCCUUCGCGCGCACUGAGAUCCGCCUGCCUGGUGCCUUGGCCUUAGGCCGCCGGCCGGAGGGAACCCAGGGAGUCGUGGUGCGCGGUCCUGGCGGAAAGAACAGGGAUGCAGAGCCCCAGCUCCUGGUCCCCGACGACAAGGGUCGUACCAGCCCUCUAGGCGGCGCUCGCACCUCACCCCAGAAGUCGCCGAUAGGGCCGGCAGGGACCCAACCUCCCGGACCGCCCCGCCCUAGCUCCCCGCAGGCGUACCCUAGCUCGAGCCCUGGAAUAGCACCGAAACAGGAGACGCCACCUAUGGCCCCUGAGCCCGCGGUUGCGGUCCAGUCGCCCCUCCCGCGGGAGCCCCAAGCGUCCGCUGGCAGAGCGGCCCCGCCCCAGGCCCGCGCCGCCUCGGCGCCUCCCAUGGACCGGUCCCCGGAAGGCCCCUCCCAGGGGGCGCGCAGGCCGCCCGGGGCCGCGCACCCGGGGAAGGUCCUGGUGGACCCAGAGAGCGGCCGCUACUACUUUGUGGAGGCGCCGAGGCAGCCUCGGCUGCGGCUGCUCUUCGACCCCGAAAGCGGGCAGUAUGUGGAGGUGCUGCUGCCACCCUCGCCCUCGGUGCCACCCCGCCGCGUCUACACCCCGCUGGCCCUGGGCCCCGGCCUCUACCCGCCGGCCUAUGGGCCUAUCCCUGGCCUCUCACUGCCACCAUCCCCGGGCCCGCCGGCCUUCAGCGGCCCCCAGCUACCCUGGGCCUCCGAGGCGGGGCCCCUGGACGGGAUGUACUACUUGCCAGUGAGCGGGACCCCCAGCCCCGCGCCUCCUCUGCUCCUCUGUGCUCCACCCUCCAGCUUGGGUCCCGCCCAGCCGAGCAAGGGCUCCUUGUUCCCCGUGUGAGGCCCCAGGGCCUGAUCCCCAUGGUGUUGGGGCCCGUUAAUGGCCUUGGAAGUUCUGGCAUCCAGUCCUGUGCCCUCUUUUCCUUCUAUCACCUCUUUCUUUUACCCAUCUCAUGCAGUCUUCAGACCAGAAGUUACCUUCAGAGUGCUUAUCUGAGACCCCCAGCGCUGAUGGAGCUGGAGCUCAGGAAGUGGCUGCCUGUUUCCUCCCCCGACAGAAUCGUAUACCCCUUUCCCAAGCAUUCCCAGAGUGUGGUGUGUUGGGGGGCUGUGUGUGUGUGUGUUGUGGGAUGAA